AUGGAGGGAUUAUCGCCAACAGUUUACCUUUUUCGAGGGGAGGGUCAAUCUGCAUACCGCCACAACACUCAUCCAGCUGGCUUUGACUUAUUCCGUAAGGCCAUGAUGAUACCAAGCCCCCGAGAAGGAAAGGAUUAUUCUUUCUUUAACAGAUCCAUAGUCAGGAGGCCACUAAGGUGCGAGGGGGAAGGGGGAAAUCCGGAUGAGGAGCGUGAUGAGCGGAUAGACAGCACAAUCGGGCCUGGUGCGAUUUACCGCCGAUCUUCUAAUAGUGAGUCUGUCAGCCGGGUUAUCUUUGCUGGUCAGCCCCUCUUAAGUAGUAUGGAGUAUCGGCACACCGCGGUGAUGGUGGAGGUGGAGGAGAGUGCAUCGCUGCCUGGAUCUGAUUGCCAGGGCAUCGGCCUCUCCCACCCCUCCUCCUCCUCACUUGCCCACUUUCAUACACUAAGACUAUGUACUACUGCUGCUCCUAUGCUCUGGCGUUCCAGACCCCAGUCCACUUUAUACUACAUCCAGGAUUCUUGCCUCUUCCUUACUGGUUGGCUGACACGUAGGACAAACCUAAGCACAGGCCACAUUCUAUACAUACGUACAGUAGGUGCCUACCUCGCAUCGGCAUUGCCAGCACGUCUGCCUACAGCAGAUUAUGCAUGGUCCUCCAUGUUUUACGACGAGAUCUGGGGAAAAGACUCGCGGCUGACGGCCCGCGGAAUGGUAUUCGCAGGAUUGAAAGCAGCCUGGAAAACGUCUUGUCUAGAAAAAAAAAACUCCAGAACAUCAAGGCUCAUACUCCGUACUCCGCCUCGACUGCUUAGGUCUCGGACUGCUCCGUAUUAUGUCGCAACUUGCGUGUCGUUUCCGGUCGUCAAAUGGCAGAUGCAGCUUACAUAUGACCCACUUGGGUGGUGGUUUUGGGCCUUCUCGUCCAGGCUCCUCUCUACCUACGUAAGUAACUAUGUAGGAGGGUUUCCGACUCUGCCGCGCGAUCUGCUUGCGAGCUCAGACAUAAUAGUGGCGUCGGUGAGGGCACGCGACGAAAAGCUUUGCGAGACCCGUAUCAACAACUGUGCCAGGGUGGGUUAUGUGGUCGGCCAGGACAAUCAGGACAAAUCACACAGUCCAGGUGACGGCGGUAUCUGGAAUGCCGUGUCACAUCCACCCUGCGCCGAUGGCUUGAUUUCACGGUCGGUUGCAGCCUGGCGCUCCAGCUCCAGCUCCAGUUCUAAAGUGGGCGAAGUAAGGAGGCUUGGAGCCCCUGAUAGCACAGCAGCGCAUGAUGAGAACAGCCGAGAGAGUGAGACGAAUCCUGACAUGCUAGCGAGGAGUGGCUUCGGAAAAAGAAAGCUAAGAUUUGAAGGCGCGUUGCGAGUUGAUCACUGGCUUGGAACUAAUCAAGUAGUUGGUUGA